GGUAAAGACCUUCUUAGCUGUGCCUGGCUCUGAUAGACUGUGAGCAAACAGACUAGACUGGUGGUUUGCCUUGUGCUCUGGAUCCCCCUGCCCCAGCCCCGGGGUCAAUAGUAAUAGCCAGUGCAAAGGUUGCUCCUUGCUAUGCUCCUUGCAGCCAAAAGGGCAUUCAGUUGCCAGAGCCUCUAAAGGGGAAAGCAGAGAAGCAACCACAGGAACCUCCUUCGUUCUCAGCCACAUUGCACAAGUCGUCGCUUUCUGCAACAAGGCGAGUGAAGGGGAAUGAACCUGGGCGUACGGUUCAGAGUCCUCGCUGCUGGCAAUGUGCUGCCUCCUGCGAGUCAUCCGGGAUUUGCAGCAUGCAGGAGUCUCUGGAUAUGCACUCAGGGAGAUCAUCACAGUAGGGUGCUGUCCAGAAAUGACCCUGUGCCUUCCUUGGGAUUUGGCUUCACCCUCACAAAUGGACAUUCACAGCAGAGGGGAGUUCUGGCAUGGGCUGGAGAGAAGAUGGCCUGUGCUUCCAGGGUGAGGAUCCCAGCAGUAAAACCUGUCUCCUUAUCUGUUACGGCCAGAGGCAUCUCUGGAAUUAGUGGAGGGGGAGGUGACAGCAGGAAGCGGAAGCUCACCCUACACAAUGUGGCAGAAUUAAUUCAGAAGAAAGAGUGCAGCAGGGUGGUGGUGAUGGCUGGAGCUGGGAUCAGUACCCCCAGUGGCAUCCCAGAUUUCAGGUCUCCUGGGAGUGGCCUGUACAGUAACCUCCAGCAGUACAACAUUCCCUACCCAGAAGCCAUCUUUGAACUCAGUUAUUUCUUCCACAAUCCUAAACCCUUUUUCACUUUGGCCAAGGAGCUGUACCCUGGUAAUUAUAAGCCCAACUAUGCCCAUUACUUCCUGCGACUCCUGCAUGACAAAGACCUCCUUAUGCGUCUGUACACCCAGAACAUCGAUGGGCUAGAGAGGGUUGCCGGGAUCCCUCCCAAUAGUCUAGUGGAAGCCCACGGCACCUUUGCCACUGCUACGUGCACUGUCUGUCGUAGAACAUAUCCAGGUGAAGACUUUAGGGGGGAAGUGAUGGCAGACAAGAUCCCCCACUGCCCAGUCUGCACUGGACUCAUCAAACCUGACAUUGUGUUUUUUGGAGAGGAGCUCCCAAGCCGGUUCUUCCUGCAUAUGACAGAUUUCCCUAUGGCAGACCUUCUCUUUGUUAUUGGGACAUCCCUUGAGGUGGAGCCAUUUGCUAGUCUUGCUGGUGCCGUCCGCAGCUCUGUUCCCCGUGUACUGAUCAAUCGAGACCUGGUGGGACCAUUCGCAUAUCAGCAACAGUACAAUGACAUAGCCCAGCUGGGAGAUGUGGUCAGUGGGGUGGAGAAGCUGGUGGAGUUGCUGGGCUGGAAGAAGGAGAUGCAGGAAUUAAUUCAGAGGGAAACAGAGAAGCUGGAUGCCAAAGACAGUUAGGAUGGCUGGCUGAACACAGUUGGAAAAUGAUCUUCACCUUGAAAACGGAUUUGUACCAGUUGUUAUUUGGGGGAAAAUCGCUGCUAAUCGGGAGGUGAAAGGUGUUGAUGUGCCUAGAGAUGGUUCCUCAAACAGCCAUGCCUGUUGAGCAGGGCUGGUUUAAGCUGCUGUUUCAAUUUGAAUAGAAUGUUGUUUUAUAUUUCUACUGAAUAAUAUUUAAUAAAAAGUGCUAAUGUUUUUGCUGA